UCCACUCGGAGCCUCUGGGGGGGCGGGUAUAUAAAGCCAGGCAGGACGGGAGAACACUCACCAUCGACACCAUGAAGGUCCUGGUGCUGUGUGCUCUCCUGGCGGCCGCCGCUGUUGACUCUUCAAGCGGUGAUGUGUCUACCGCACAGAAACAACAUGACAUCAACUUCCUGCUCUUCAAGGUGUAUGAGGUUCAUCGUGACGCCAACCUGAAGCAGCUCGGGGAGACCUUCAACCCUGAGGCCGACACAUCUCACUAUACUGACGAUGGCGCCGCCGCCCACAAGCUGGUGAAGGAACUGAAGGACGGGAGACUUCUAGAGCAGAAACACUGGUUCUCCCUCUUCAAUAAUCGACAACGUGCAGAAGCCCUUUUGCUCUAUGAUGUCCUGGAACACAGCAAGGACUGGAAGACUUUCGUCGGCAAUGCUGCUUAUUUCAGAGAUCACGUGAACGAGGGAGAAUUUGUUUAUGCCUUGUAUGCAGCAGUAAUCCACUCUUCACUCACCGAAGACAUCGUGCUUCCACCACUUUACGAAGUCACUCCACAUUUGUUCACCAACGGUGAAGUUAUCGAAAAAGCUUACCGUGCUAAGAUGACCCAGACGCCUGGUAAAUUCAAGUCAGAUUUUACUGGCAGCAAAAGUAACCCCGAGCAGCGUGUGGCUUACUUCGGUGAAGACAUCGGCAUGAACACCCAUCACGUCACUUGGCAUUUGGAGUUCCCAUUCUGGUGGGACGAUGCUCAUGAAGGUCACCAUCUGGACCGCAAGGGUGAGAACUUCUUCUGGGUACAUCACCAGCUCACAGUCCGCUUCGACGCUGAACGUCUUUCCAAUUUGUUGAAUCCCGUGGACGAACUAUACUGGGAUAAACCAAUUACCGAAGGAUUUGCUCCUCAUACUACCUACAAAUAUGGAGGCUACUUUCCUUCACGUCCCGAUAACAAGGAGUUUAGCGAUGUAGAGGGUGUUGCUCAUAUUCGGGACUUGGUCAUUUAUGAAAACCGAAUCCGUGAUGCCAUUGCUCAUGGCUACGUCACAGCCAAAGACGGAUCUACCAUUGACAUCAUGAACUCUCACGGUAUUGAUGUCUUGGGAGAUAUUAUCGAGUCGUCUACUUACAGUCCUAAUGCUGGCUACUACGGCUCCCUCCACAACACAGCUCACAUUGUGCUUGGUCGCCAGGGAGAUCCUCAAGGAAAGUACGACCUUCCUCCAGGCGUCCUGGAACACUUUGAAACCUCCACCCGCGACCCAGCGUUCUUCAGACUACAUAAAUAUAUGGAUAACAUAUUUAGGGAACACAGGGACAGUCUCCCUCCAUAUACUAAAGAGGAGUUGCUUUUCCCUGGUGUGGAAAUUGAAAACUUCUGUACCAGUGGCCUUCUCCAAACUUAUUUCGAAGAUUUUGAGUACAGCUUGAUCAAUGCAGUUGACGACACUGCAGAUACCGAAGAUGUGGAAAUUUCAACUUAUAUACCUCGUCUGAAUCAUGAAGAUUUCACUUUCAACAUCGAUAUCGACAACCACAAUGAUCACGAAGUCCUGACUACAGUUCGCAUCUUCGGCUGGCCACACAAGGACAACAACGGCCUUCAAUACUCCUUCAAUGAUGGACGCUGGAACGCCAUCGAGCUUGACAAGUUCUGGAUAAAAUUGAAGCCUGGCGAGAACAAGAUCCACCGCAAAUCUCGAGAUUCAUCAGUUACUGUUCCCGACAUUCCUGAAUUCCACUAUUUGAUGGACAGAACCGAAGAGGCGCUCUCGAACGGUAGGAAGCUGGACCUUCACGAGUAUGUGAGUGCUCUUGGACUGCCCAACAGGUUCCUACUGCCCAAGGGAAACAACCAAGGACUUAAAUUUAAAGUAGUUGUGGCUCUCACUGACGGCGAGGCCGACGCUGCUGUAGAUGAUCUACACACAAACACCAAAUUCAACCACUAUGGCUACCGAGGAGUGUAUCCCGACAAGCGACCCCACGGCUACCCCCUGGACCGUCGUGUUGACGAUGAACGCAUCUUCCACCGCCUUCCUAACUUCAAAGAAAUCGUCGUCAAGCUCUUCCACCGUGAUUAAAUGAGCAACUCUAACACGUAUUAUCGUUUAAGAAAUAAAUGUAACAUUUUCCCAUUGAUAGAUGCUUUGAUAAAAUAAUGCUUUGCUGUUGUCACCAAACAUAUACAAGACCACGAUCAUUGACUGUACAGUAUUUGGCCAAAGUGAUUGAAAUACAAAAUAUAAACUUAAAAAUUAUAUUUAUAUGUUUUAUGAGACUCUGCUACACAAGUCAAAAACACAAGUCAAAAUCAAAAUACUUCAUAAAAAUAUUUGUAUUCGUUAGAAGCGCAUGACCAAUGUAUGACCCAUUAAGUACAGAUCGUUACAGUUGUAAGCACAACAAUAAAAUGUUCCGUUAAUCUGAAUCGAGACAAAAUAUAUCAUCAAGCUUAA